GCGUUGGCGGGGGCGGAUCGUAGGUGGGUGUCUUGGUGGGGGCGAGGGCGCAGGGCUCUGGCGGACGGGGCGCGGCGCCGCGGAGGAGUCAGGCGUCAGUACCCCCGUGAGAGUGGCGCAGUGAGGAAGCAAGCACCGCAGCAUCAGCACCAUGCCGGCCCGCAACAAGGACCAGGAGAAGGAGGUCCUGGACUGGAUCGAGGCGGUGACGGGCGAGAAGCUGCCCGCCGCGCCCUACGAGGACGUGCUGAAGGACGGCGUCGUCCUAUGUAACCUCAUCAACAAGAUCGCACCCGACUCCGUCAAGAAGAUCCAGACCAAAGGCACCAACUUCCAGCUCAUGGAGAACAUACAGAGGUUCCAGGCGGCUAUCCGCAAGUACGGCGUCCCUGACGAGGAGAUCUUCCAGACCGCCGACCUGUUUGAGCGAAGGAACAUUCCCCAGGUCACCCUGUGCCUGUACUCGCUAGGCAGAAUUACCCAGAAGCACCCCGAGUACACCGGUCCCCGCCUCGGCCCCAAGAUGGCUGACGAGAACAAGCGCGAGUUCACCGAGGAACAGCUGCGCGCGCACGAGGGCCAGCUGAACCUGCAGAUGGGCUACAACAAGGGAGCUUCCCAGUCCGGCCACGGCGGCUUCGGCAACACCCGGCACAUGUGAACCGACCUCCUCAACCCCGCCUCGCCCUGCCUCACCCCGCCCGCGCCACCCCCCGCGCCCGCAUAUAGAGUUUAUCUUUUGUACAAUUGUAUACUGUUGUGUUUUACGUUGCGGAUCUUUCUUGAAUGCUGUGUAUUAAAAUGUUGUCACACUUUUCUGUA